AUGAAGCCCAAAACCUACAUCCCUCUAGGAAGGCUUAUCUCCGAUGUUCUGAUCGAGAGCGGGUUGGUGGAUCACCUGAUCCAUCACAAUGUGAUGGAAGAUGUCACUGUUGACAUUGGAAGGCCUAUGAACGCUCACAAUCUGAAGAGCAUGGGGGUGAUUGAGCAAGUUAGGGUGAAACCCUCAUUAGAUACCUCCGGGGAAUCACUCAAGGAUCAGAGGAAAAUUCCAAAUGGCCUUUACCUCUUCUCCAAGAUUGAUCCUCCAGAGAAAAUUGCUUCUUCUCUUCCCCAAACCACCCCUAUCUACACUCAAUAUGAACCCCAACCCUCUACCACCAAACCCUCCGACACUCCAACCCCUAACCCACCAUCACCUUCGUUUCAAAAAUUCAAUCUCUCCACCACAACCCUACCAGUUUCUGAAGUUGAGAUGCUUAACGAACCCAUAUCACCUAUAUCCUCCCCACCUUCAUCUCCAUCCUACUACAUCUUAUCAUCUGAUUCAGAACCCUCUGACCAUCAAUCUCUCACACUAGAUCAGCUUCAGGCUCGUGCUCUUGCCACACAACAACAACCUGAACCAGAAGAUAACACUCCACCACCUGAACAACCAAUUCCACCACCUUCUGAACAACCACAAACAUCACCAUCUGAACAACCACCAAAUCCACCACUUGAACAACCCACAACACCACCCUUUGAUACUCCCAUAAUACCACCCUCUGAAAACAUUAUCAUCCCUACCUCUCAGACUCCCACUGACACCAACCAAACACCACCAACAUCCUCAUCCCCCGACAUUGAACCAGAAACUACCUUCCCCGCCCUAGAAGAAGCAAUCUCUUUAUUUAUUGAGUUUUUAAUGGAGAAGAUCAGAUCUCUAUCUGUAAACUCUAGUAUUAGUGAUGAUCCCUCUAUAGUGAGGAUUCACUGGAACAGAGUGAUCAUAUGGAUGACAUCUGAGGCUUUCAAACUGAAAGGACUCUCUAAACAAGUCCACAACGACUUUAUUAGAGACGCUAGAGAAAGGCUUCGGGCACGAUUGGUCAGAGAGGCAGAGGAAAAGGCCAGAAGAGAAGCAGAAGAGAAAGCUCGCCUGGAAGAAGAGCAACGGGUUCGAGAAUCUACAAAGAAAGAUGUUGUUGAAGUUGCUGCUACUGCGAUUGCUGCUGAAGCUGAGGAAAAAGAAAAAGCCGACGCUAAAGAAGCAGCACGCAUAGCUGCGAAAGAAGCAGAAAAGGCUAGCACUGAUGCUUUGACUCAGGGGGAGCAAUCAAACUCUGGCUUCGCUCCUAUGGUCCUAAAGACUCUGGAAGAGUUGCAGAAGGAGCAACAUAUAGUGUGA